GUACCUGCUGGCGCACCGCGCGCGCGCGCACCCGGAGGCGGCGGCGCGCGCGCUGACGCUGCGCUGCGCGGUGUGCGCGCGGGCCUUCGCGCACCUCAACUCGCUGCGCCGCCACCUGCGCGCGCACUCGGGCGAGCGCAACCACCUCUGCAACGUGUGCGGCAAGGCGCUCACCUCGCGCGAGCACCUCAAGUUCCACAUCCGCAUCCACACCGGCUACAAGCCCAACGUGUGCAAACAACANCGAGACUCAACCACAACAACAUUAGACAACAACCACCUCUGCAACGUGUGCGGCAAGGCGCUCACCUCGCGCGAGCACCUCAAGUUCCACAUCCGCAUCCACACCGGCUACAAGCCCAACGUGUGCAA